AACCAGUCCCUCGUGCCACUUUGUGGCGAACUCGGAAUUUUUGUUGCGUCAAGAAUCUUUUCGCCGACAAAGCGCAAGGAUCAGGCUACGGGCGGUUCCUUGAGAGAUCUCGACACAGCAUUUGCGCUAUCGCACGCUCUGGAAAAAAAUGCGCCCGGUGCCGCUCCAAAUCAACAAUCAAAACAAAUGUUGGCCUCACCAUGCCACCGUCACUCUUCAGGCUUUGCCCUUUUGUCUGCACUGCUCGUUUUCGUGAGCAGACUGCUCUUACCGGUCUGUGCAGAUGAAGAUGACGCUGAGAAGAUUGCGCGCGUGCUGGAAAGACUCAAGGAAUACGAUGCGGAGGAGGUAUCGCACUGGCACGGGGUGGAAACACCGACGUCGUGCCGCCGACCGUGGCAGUUUUUCGAUCGCACCCCCCUGGUGUGGCAGGAUUGGUUUCGGCGGGAGUGCAGUAGGUCGCAUAACAAAGUGCCAGUCUACUAUGAGAACGCCACGUCCUCAAUGCGCGUUUUCGCGUUCGACCGCUUUGUAAAGCGAAGCUACCUACGGGAUGGCGCGGGUAUGGAAAACCUCUGUCAAGACCCGGCCCUGUACGAAAAGCAGUUCACCUGGCCCUUCCGCAUGGAGUAUGUCCUUCCAAGAAGAGGCCUGGAACAGACGAUGUCUUCAGACAUGCUUGAUGCGGGAAGGACACUGGAGACUCUGCAGCCGGAAUAUGGAAAAGACUUGGUCCAGAGGGAGACGGCGGCGCUUAAGUCGGCUUGCGCGGCGUCGCACGAGCGCGCUACCACUCUGACUCACCCAUCGGUGUCUCAAACCAAGGCAAGUCAGCGCCACCGUCCGCGCAUAUCUCCACCCAACUACUUCCCUCCGCAGAGCAAGACGUAUCUGCCUCUACGCAGCUCGAUUGCGCAGCAAAAGCAUCCGGUCGUAAACAUGGAUUUGGACAACUACCGCUGUAGACCUUGGAAUCACCGCCCAGAAGACCACAUUGACGUUUCUGUCGAGGCGGAUAUUUACGCGGUGAUUAAUCCGAUACGCUCCAAAGUGACGAAAACGAUAGAAGUGUCGAUGGCCACGGGGCUCCCGCGCGAACUGCCGAUAUACCGCGUCGUUGCAAGAACGGACGGGAACGAAGAUGAUGAGAACGGGCAAAUUCUUGCUGGUCGUUCAACUUCUGCGGCGAUUCAACUUGACAGCCUCGGAGCCAGUGACAAAACCAAAAACGUCAACUACGAUUACGACAUGCAAGCCGGUCGGUUCAGGUCGUUUUUCGUCCUACACGACCGCUCCGCGAGUUCCGGCAACUACACGAUUUAUCUACCGCACGACACGUACGAACAUCGGUUCAACGGAAGCAGUAUUCAACUAAAGUUGAACUCCACGAUGGGCUGCGACACGCCUUUGGGACUGUGGAGCCACGACACCCGACCAGUGGUGCGCUGCGUUCUGGACUCGCUUGCGGAAUUUCUGCACAUGGACGAAACGACGAGUGUGCUGGAUUGGGGCAGCGGGUGCGGUCACCAGUUGGCAUACUUGGCUGGAAGCUACGGCGUUUCCGGUCUGGGGAUCGAGCCCGUGCUCGGGGCGGCGACUAGUGCGCAGAAGCACUACGAGGGACGAUGGGUGAAAGGAAAAGCAGCAACUGCAGUGUCUGCGGAAGGGGUUAAUGAUCCUUCGGACCGCACGGUUUGGGCCGAACAGCAGUUCUUCAAGCAACCUUUGCUUUCGACGGCAACGAACCCGCCAGCCGAGACUGCUGCGACCGUUCGGUUCUGCCAAGACAACGGCGCGGAUCUGAGCCACCUACCAUCGAACAGCUUUACUCACGUGCUGAGCUACGGCGCAUUGUAUCACUUUGAACCGACAGCGCAGUGCGACAUUCUGCACCAGAUGGUCCGGGUUGCGCGGGAGAAGGUGGUCAUUGGCUGGCAUGUGGCUUCCCCGACGACAUACGCCUCCGCGACCUGCCCGGGUUGGGAGCGGUGUCUCGAGAUGUUGAGGUUGAAAACACGAGGCCUGUACUACGGCGUCGUUGAGGUGUGCAUGCCGGAGAGGUGUAUUUUCGGGCAAAGCACAUACGACCUACCAUUCGACAGCAUCAUCAUCCAGAAAGUGUACGGAUCUGUGGCGGCUGCUGGUGGAGUCGGUAGACAACGCGCAUGAAUUUGAUUGCAAACAGGCUCUGUGGCAU